UAAAACGGGUAAUUUUGAUUAAUUCCACCACAUUGAAGUGAAAAUAUUGUAGGUAGUCACAAUGUUUUUCUUCACAUUAAAAAUAUUAUUUCUGCUUACAAUCACUUCGGUAAUUGGGAAAUAUGUUCAAUCUGAUGAUGAACGUCCCGAUCUAAAAUGGCCUAAGAAGUACACCUUCCAGGCCACUAAGGUGUCUCUAACAUCUGGUCUAGUCGAAGAUAUCGAGUUCUGGCGUACCAGCAAAAAAUCCAGAGUAGACUACAACGAGGGUGCUGUUAAGAAAAUCGCUAUAAAGGGCAAAAGGAGAACUUUAAAAUCAUUUGGAGUAAAAUAUGAGAUCCAUCCGGAAACAACGGAGGAGUACUUGAAUGAGCUGUUCUGCAUCAGGACCAACGGGACAGCAACUAACCGAGUUAAUCUGGACGAUUUGUUGCCUGAUGAGGGCGAAUUUGAAUAUCGCGGCAAAGAAUACCUAGAAACAGGUUUAGUGGAUAAGUUUGCUUACGAACAGACGGAGAGUCAGAAAUAUUUGUGGGCAUACCUAGACAGCGACAACUCUUCUUGGAUUCCAGUAAGGCUGGAAGUGAUUGGAUUUAACGGUUGGCUGGAACAAUUAAAGGAACACGUUGUUACGUAUUAUACCAACUUUAAGACUGAAGUAGAUGACAGCGUAUUUGAUGUUGAUAAGUAUGAUUGUGGUGAUGCACCUGCCCCAGAAACAAACAAUAUCAACUUAUCGAAUUUAGAUCCUGAAAUUGACGAACAUGUGGAGAUUGCCUUUAAUAGGUACAAAUUAGAAUUUAACAGACAAUAUAGUUCCGAAGAUGAGCACGCAAUGCGGAAGAGUAUUUUCCAAAACAACAUGAGAAAAGUUAAUGAGCAUAACAGCAAGGGUAGCACUUACAGACUUGCUCUGAAUAAAUUUUCUGAUCGCACUCAGGAAGAGAAACAAAAAAGUAAGGGUCUUCUGAGACGGGAACCAGGCGAAAUAGGCACUCAUCCGUUCCCUUAUGACAAGAAGAAAAUUGCUGAACUAGCUGAGAAUUUGCCAACUGACGUUGAUUUAAGACUUGAAGGCUUCGUUUCACCUGUAAAAGAUCAGCAAGGAUGUGGCUCAUGCUGGUCGUUUGGUACAACCAGUGCAACGGAAGGUGCGCUUGCUCGUUCAAACGGCGGCAGAUUGCUGAGACUCGCUAAUCAAGCAUUGAUUGACUGCGCUUGGGGAUUCGGCAAUAAUGGUUGUGAAGGUGGCAGCGACACAGCUGCCUAUCGCUGGAUGAUUGAAUACGGUCUACCUACAGAAGAAGAAUACGGAUUUUAUAAAGAUAAUGAUGGUUUCUGCAACAUUGAGAAUAUGACAACGAUUUACCCGAUCAAAGGAUUCACUGAUGUCACUCCAUUCAGCGUCGAAGCUCUUAAGAUAGCAGUAAUGAAUCAUGGUCCUUUAUCUGUUUCAAUUGAUGUCGGUUCUUCUGAAAAAUUAUACGAUUACAACGGUGGAGUUUUCUAUGACCCGAAAUGUUCACCAGAAAAAUUGGAUCACGAAGUUUCGCUAGUAGGUUACGGCGAAGUCGACGGUGAAGAGUACUGGAUCGUCAAGAACUCAUGGGGUCGAGACUGGGGCAUCGAUGGCUAUUUCCACAUCUCAACGCGCGACCACGCUUGCGGGAUUGCCACCGAGCCUACCUACGUUGUCAUAUAAAUCUAAAAACCAGAAAAAAAAAGAAUAAUGGAGAGGUGAACCAAUGACGUCAAACGUUUACCGCGAAUUAAAGUAUGUGAACACUAGGCUCAGUUAACUAAGUUAAGCAAACCUGGAAAAUUCGUUGCGCGUCCACUAAAAAAUAAGCUAUAACUUAGUCUUGGCUUGUGUAAUCUCGGAUUGGGCUAUACAACUAAGUUAUUUAGUCCUAGUUUAGCUGUUUUAUUUAGUUUAGCUGGCAUACUCGGAAUUUUCGAUGACACACAUGUAUGAAAAACUACUAGCUAAGCUAGCUGAAGUAAUUUAAGUUUAAUUUGCGGAGAUUCAAGCCGAACACUAGUUGAAGCUUCAGUGACGCGUAUUUUUACUUUGUCACCGUAAUAAAUCAAAUUAACAAGUUAUUGUAUCUGUUAUGUGUAAAUAUCUCACUUCUUUAAUUGUCAUAAUUAUGCAAUGAGAAAUAUUUCUGGAAUGUCGAAUAAAAUAUUAACAGCGGCUGAACCAAUUUAACUAACAUUCUUCAUUAACUCCAAACAAUUCUCAAUUUGUUGUAAUCUUUUUUUUUACGUGUUGAACUAUGUACACUUAAAUUCCUAGUUAAUUAUAACUAUUUUUCAUUGCUUACUUUUGUAUAUUCUGUUGAGCUUUUACAACUUUUUUGUUUAUUUUUGUCAAGUUGAUAUUUUUAGCAUUUAUGUAUUUUUUUUUGAUUUGAAGUUUACCAUCCAGUUGUUCAUCUCUCCAUUUUGCAAGGAACGUGGCUUUUUACUGUUGUAAAUGUACGAAUGUUAUUGUAAUAUUUUAGUUAUAAGUAGCAUAAGAUUGCACGUGGAAUUUAUUUAUAGGAAUUAUUUGCGCUAGUAUUAAAUUUAUAAUAUUAAAA